GGGUUUUGGUGCUGGUGCUGGUGUUGGUGAGCGCGCUGCUGCUGUGCCUACAGUAGCGGCAGCGCGGCGGGGCCCCUCCGCAAAAGGUCUUGAGUGAGGGCAGGACAUGCAUGAGCUUUCGAUGGCCGGCGAGGUGGUGUGCUGGCUGGACGUUACGACUGCGUUUUUCGUGUUCGGUGCGUCGGUCGUGGUCGGCGGCGGACUUGCCAUGCGAGAUGCGAGAUGGGCUCGCGACGUGCGACGAGAAUCGAAUCGAAGCCUUCACGCGGCGGCCUGGAGCGCGCUGCGCAGGCGGUGUCACGGUAGCGAAGAUGGAAGCAAGUGCAGCACGCGCUGUUCGUCUGUCUAAAGGAUAUUACAGACAGACAGAGAGACAGGCAGGCAGGCAGACGUUGACCCGACGGCCCCCGCCUCCAGGCUCUCCCUGUUGUAGCUCACCCUACUACAGGGCCGAGCCGAGCAGAGCAGAGCAAAGCAAGCAAACCAAACCAACCAAACCAAACCAAAGGCCAACCAGGCCCACAACCCUCCCUCCCACCUCAAGCAAGCACCCCUACUCCUCCCCCUCCCCCUCCAUCUCCCGCUCCCUCUUCAUCAACUCAACCCCGACCCUCACCUUCCCAACUCUAAGCCGCACCAUCGCGGCAUCCAGCCUCGCGAGCACAGAGACGAAGUCAUGCCGCACAAGCACGGGCGCGUCUUCAGCAGCAGCGGCGGCGCGGCCCAGCCUAGCCUCAGCAAGGCACUCGGCCGCGGCAUUGAGGCUCCCGGCCGCCGUGUCGAGCAGCCGCGCCGCGGCAUUCAUGUGCGCCUCCGCGGCGGCGAAGUGCUCGGCCUGCUCGCGCUGCUCGGCUUGCGCGACCGCAAGCGUGCGCCGCCUGUGCCGCCGGUAUCGCUGGCUGAGGGGGCGCGGGCGCCGGCUUAGCGUGCGUACGCUGUGGGGGGUGGAGCUCGUGAGUAGUACUACUGAUGCGGGGCGCGCGUGGGGAGAGGGGUGGAGGGUUUGCUUACGAAGGGGACUGCUGCUGCUGCUCCUGCUUCUGCUCCUGCUGCUGCUGCUGCUCCUCCGGCUCGGCCUCGCUCUGGGUGAGCGGGCGGUCCCUGGCGCAUCAGUAGACGUGUGCUGGAAACUUGUCUGGGAGGGCCGUGGAGGUGAGCUUGCUUACGGCUGCUGCUCCUGCUCCUCCUCCUCCGUCUCCUGCCCCUUCGCCUUCUCCUCCUUCUCCGGCUCCAUGGUGAGCGCGUCGGGUGUGUGUGAGUGAGUGUGUGAGUGAGUGAGUGAGUAGGUGGGAGAGAGAAAGCGCGUUCGUCGUCGUGGUCAAGGAGGCAGCGAGGCGGCGCGACGGUCGUCUCUCACAACCACCACCUACGAUGGGGCCGUGCGCCACGUCGGGCAAUCCAACCUAAAAGAGGAGAAUCGCCGCCGUUUCUUAAUCUCUACGUAUAACGGUUCAAGGCGCGCUAGACCAGAGAGCGAAGCAAGAGAAGACUCGGCGUCGUUUUCAUCGUCUAUAAUACAGCACGCGCUCUUCUC